AUGCACGACAUCGCCUUCGAUUUGCACAAUCCGGGAUGGACACCGGAAGCUAUAGAUCGCUUGGCGGACGCUCUGUUCGAGUAUUCUGACGUGUUCUCAACAUCGAAAACCGAUUUUGGUUCUUGCAACAUCAUGCCAUUCACCCUUUCUGUCCCUACUGGGACAAAGCCAGUUGCUUCUCGCCCGUAUCGCAUCAAUCCCUUCAUGCAGAAGAAAGUGGACGCAGUUUUGGACCAAUACUUGGCGGCAGGGCUAAUUCAGCAUUCUACCUCUCCAUGGGCCUCUCCUUUGGUCGUCAUCCCCAAAAAGGACGGAUCGGUCCGUAUUACCGUCAACUACAAGCGUCUUAAUGCUCUGGUGGACCUGGACGGACAACCUCUCCCUCGUGUGGACGGUAUCUUGGAUUCGCUGUACACCGGGAAAGUGUUCUCCAUCUUCGACCUCAACUCGGCUUUUCACCAGAUCGUUUGUGAUGACGAAACCGUCCCUCUCACCGCCUUUUGUACUCCCACACAGCUGUUGGAAUGGCUUCGUGUGCCGCAGGGCGCCAACGCCAGCCCGUCCUGGUUUGUCAAAGUCAUCAACCGUGUUGUACAUGGCUUGGACCGAGUGUUGGCGUAUCUGGACGAUGUCAUCUGUUUCGAUGAGGAGCCUCUGGGACACAUGCUCAACAUGAUCGAGUUCUUCAAACGAUUGCGCCA